CCAUUAACCACAAUGCACCGCGGUAUUAACCUGACACGUGAUUGGCUAGAAAUUUGUUCCAGGAAGGGAUUUACAUUUGCCGACUGAAAUUGUUCCUCGUUCACUUUGUCGUUCAUUCAUCGACAACAUGGCUGGCAGGAGAGUGGUGGUGUUCCCCACAUCAGCAGAACUUGGCCCGGCGCUGGCCCAUCUGGUGACAUCUCGGGCGCAGCAGGCAGUUAGUUCCCGGGGCAGGUUCACCUUGGGCCUCUCUGGAGGGAGCCUGGUGACCAUGCUCAGCAAAGAGCUGCUCGCUCUGCCAGGCUUGGACUGCAGCAAGUGGGUUGUGGGGUUCUGUGAUGAGAGAGUCGUACCAUUUGACAGCCCUGACAGCACCUAUGGACUCUACAAGACCCAUUUCUUUUCAAAGAUUAACAUCCCGGAGGACUCCGUUUUGGCUAUUGACUUCUCACUCCCUGUGAAGGAGUGCGCUGAGGAUUACUCUUGCAAACUGAGAAAGGCUUUCCCCGAAUCCAACAUCCCAGUUUUUGACCUGCUCCUGCUGGGCAUGGGGCCUGAUGGACACACAUGCUCCCUCUUCCCUGAACACCCUCUUUUAGAGGAGAGUCAGAAGAUCGUGGCUCCCAUCAGCGACUCUCCCAAGCCACCACCAGAGCGUGUGACCAUGACGUUUCCGGUGGUCAACGCCGCCCGCUGCGCCGCUUUUGUGUCCACUGGGGGCAGCAAAGCGCCUGUUUUGAAGGAGGUUCUGGAGGGACGAGAGGGUCCACCUUUCCCGGCAGCCCGCGUCCUCCCGACUAAUGGAGAGCUGUUUUGGCUCAUCGACGAGCCCGCUGCCGCCGCUUUAGCGAUUAAGGUGGAGCGGCUCGGUUCUGGAUCCAAACUUUAGAGCUUUCCAAUGGAGGCGAGAAGAAGCUGUGUGUCCAUUGCACUUAUUCAAAGCUUGUUUCUGUGUCCAGAGGCUUUGGAAAGUACUCUUUUAGAUUUACAUUUGUAAAAUGGGAAUAUUAAACCAACUAAAAUACAUUUUUGUGAGUGUUUUAAGACAGUGUAAAGUAUGUAGAUAUUAAUUUGUGGAUUUGGUCAAAACAGUGCUUGCAAUAUAGCUGUCACAUGUGUUUUAGCACAGAUAGCAAAGCGCAAUACAAUAAAUAAUAUUUUCCAGUCA